AUGGAUCAUAGUAAUAAUGAUAAUAAUAAUAAAACAAGUGAACAAUCAUUAGAAGCAUUGGAUGAAAAUUAUCAAAUAUUUUUGAUAAUACUUUAUUCAUUUACAGCUUGUUUUGCAUUCAUAUCAAAUUUUUUAACAAUAAUUGUUAUGUGGAAAGGAAAACGUUGUUCACGUGAUUUACGUAAAUUUUUAAUAAAUUUAUCUGUUACUGAUUUAUUGAUGGCAUUAUUUACAAUACCAUUUACAUAUACAAAUUAUAUGCUUGGUCGUUGGAUUUUUUUCCCAUCAAUGUGUUCAUUAGUUAAUUUUGCUCAAUUAACAACAAUUACUGUUAGUAUUUAUACAUUGGUUGCUAUUGCAAUUGAUAGAUAUACGGCAAUUGUUCAUCCAUUAAAACAAUCUAAAUCAUGGUUUAAACAACAUCGUACAUUAAUCGUUAUACUUAUAUGGCUGUUAGGUCUGUUAUUAGGAUUAUUACAAUUUUUAGCAUCCGAAACAAAAACAUUUAUACAUAAUAAACAUGAAUAUAUAUCAUGUGAUGAAAAAUGGAAACCACAAAGUUUAGAAGGUAAACUUUAUACUGCAUUCAUAUUUUCAACAACAUUUGCAAUGCCAAUGUUAGCACUUUGUAUUAUUUAUACGGCAAUGGGUUGGAAAUUAUUUCGUUAUCGUACACCUGAACAACAAUGUUGUUUGAAUAAAACUUUUAAUAAUGUUGAUGUUGAUGUUAAGGAUGAUUUUCAUGGACAAAAAGUAACUGUGUUGACAAAUGGAUUGAAUAAUGAUGAUGCAAAUGAUGAUAAAAAUCAAGAAUCAAAUAAGAAAAUAUUUGCCAAAAUUAAUAGUAAGUAA